CGUCGUCCUCCUAUCUUUCAGUUGUAAGCAAAGCAAAUACCUCCUUAAUCAAUCUACAAUCACGCAUGUGCCACGUGGUGUUUCUCUCUCACACACUCACACACUGCACUUUCAUCAUAUAUAGAUGAACAGUCUCGAUUCAGGGGAUAAAAUCAAAUACAGUGAAGUAAAAACUAAAAAUUAUACAGAAAUAAAAACUGUUUGUGAUUUGUGCAGUUAGCGAAUUCGGAAGAGCUUGAAAGAGUGAAAAACAAAAAAACAUGGUGGUUUUCCAGGUCUCUCGUGUUCAAACGAAGCCGUUUGAUGGCCAGAAGCCUGGCACUUCUGGUCUUAGGAAGAAGGUUCUUUCGCGUUCUUUUCUUUUUCUGGUUUCGAUGAUUUUCAAAUUGCGAUGUUGUUUUUCUCGUCUCAAUUUUGAUUGUUAUGAUUGAUUGAUUCGAUCUUUUUUCGUUUCCUAUGCUAACUGACUGGUGCUGUGGGAUUCAAUCGUGUGCGUAUGCUCAAUGAUUGCGAUCUGCCUUUGGAAUUGCAUUUUACUAAUCGUGAUGUUUGGUUGGGUUUCUCUUUAUUAUUUUCAUUAAGUUUUUUCUUUUUUAGAGCUCGGAUCUAGGUAGUUAAAGUAUGUAUCUGUGGGAUCAAUGCGUGGAUGAUGGAAUUCUGUGAUUCCGUAGAUUAUUUUGUGCUUGAAUCACUGACUGUAAAUUCACUUUUUUGUAAUUGAUAAGAUGGUUCUUUCUAUUUAGCCACUUGUUGCAUUCUCGAACAUCUGAUUAGAGUCUGUUUCCUUGAAUUCAUAUCAAUCCAGAAGAAAUGUAAUCUUCACUAUUUCAAUUGUCAAGAUCAUGGUACUUCUCAAAUCAUGGGUUGGAUCUUAGAACAUUGGGUUGACAAGAUGCUGAGUUUUGAUGGCUGGAAAUGGUUUAAUUAUGUUAUAAGGCUCUACAUUUUUUCAAACCAACUGCUGUUUUCAAAGUAACUUGAUAAGAGGAGGAAAAUCAUUCUUCGUGUCAGCUCAAAGCUAUGAGUUGUGCACGGGAAUGCUGUUAUUGGGCCUUUUGGUUGAUGUUUAGUUCUCAGUGUAGGCUGUCAAGUCAUAACUUGGAUAGAUGCUAAGUGGAUCUAUUUUUAUGAUUGAACAAUGAAAUUUUCUGUUUGCUAUUCCAGGUGAAGGUCUUUACACAACCCCAUUACUUGCAUAACUUUGUCCAAUCGACAUUCUAUGCCCUCGGAGAUGAUAAAGUCAGGGGUGCUACACUUGUUGUUUCUGGUGAUGGCCGCUAUUUUUCAAAGGAUGCAAUUCAGAUCAUUAUUAAAAUGGCAGCUGCCAAUGGAGUAAGACGUAUUUGGGUUGGUCAAAACGGAUUGCUGUCAACUCCUGCUGUAUCAGCUGUUAUCCGUGAAAGAGUGGCGGCUGAUGGAUCUAAAGCAAAUGGAGCAUUCAUAUUGACAGCAAGUCACAACCCUGGUGGUCCUCAUGAGGAUUUUGGAAUUAAAUACAACAUGGAAAAUGGGGGCCCUGCUCCAGAAUCAGUUACAGAUAAGAUUUAUCAGAAUACAACAACAAUAAAAGAGUACUUAAUUGCAGAAGGGCUACCGGAUGUGGACAUUAGUACAGUAGGCGUGACCACCUUUUCUGGUCCAGAGGGGCAGUUUGAUGUUGAUGUUUUUGAUUCCACCAGUGAAUAUGUGAAACUGAUGAAGUCCAUUUUUGAUUUUGGAUCUAUCCAGAAGUUGCUCGCAUCUCCAAACUUUACAUUCUGUUAUGAUGCUCUUCAUGGGGUGGCUGGUGUAUAUGCCAAACGAAUUUUUGUUGAAGAGCUUGGUGCUAAAGAAAGCUCUCUCUUGAAUUGUGUACCUAAGGAGGACUUUGGUGGAGGUCACCCUGAUCCCAAUCUUACCUAUGCAAAAGAGCUAGUUGCACGUAUGGGACUGGGUAAAACUAAUGAAAGUGACCCACCAGAAUUUGGUGCUGCUGCUGACGGAGAUGCUGACCGUAAUAUGGUCCUGGGGAAAAGGUUCUUCGUCACUCCAUCUGAUUCUGUUGCUAUUAUCGCGGCAAAUGCUGUUGAAGCCAUUCCUUACUUUUCUGGUGGUCUAAAAGGAGUUGCCAGGAGUAUGCCAACUUCUGCUGCUCUUGAUGUUGUUGCUAAGCAUCUCAACUUGAAAUUCUUUGAGGUUCCUACUGGUUGGAAAUUUUUUGGUAACUUGAUGGAUGCUGGAAUGUGUUCCGUCUGUGGUGAAGAAAGUUUCGGAACUGGCUCGGAUCACAUACGUGAGAAAGAUGGAAUCUGGGCUGUUUUAGCUUGGUUAUCUAUACUUGCUUACAAAAACAAGGACAACUUGGGAGGUGGGAAACUUGUCACUGUUGAAGACAUUGUUCGGCAGCAUUGGGCCAAGUAUGGGCGCCACUAUUACACACGAUAUGAUUAUGAGAAUGUUGAUGCAGGUGGUGCCAAGGAUUUAAUGGCACACUUGGUCAAGCUUCAGUCGUCCCUCAGUGAAGUGAAUGGAAUCAUAAAGGGUAUACGUCCAGAUGUUUCAAAUGUUGUCAAUGCUGAUGAGUUUGAGUAUAAAGAUCCAGUUGAUGGUUCCAUCUCUAAACACCAGGGAAUCCGCUAUCUUUUUGAAGAUGGUUCUCGAUUGGUUUUCCGUCUCUCUGGAACCGGAUCAGAAGGCGCCACUAUCCGCGUCUACAUUGAGCAAUAUGAGAAGGAUCCAUCGAAAACCGGCAGAGAUUCUCAAGACGCACUCGCUCCUCUGGUGGAAGUUGCUAUUAAGCUCUCCAAGAUGGCAGAAUUCACUGGCCGAUCAGCACCGACCGUUAUUACAUAAGAAUUUACUGCUCACAAUGCGGCUUCCAUACAUGAGCUUUUGUUACCUACUGCGACAUAAUAAGAUGCACUUUACUGUCUUUAACACCAAUCUGGUCGUAGCUCUAUUACGAAUCCAUGUGGUAAAACAUUGGACAAAUUUGAUGAGCAUGUUUUGCGGAGUAUUGAUGAAUUCCAGUUUUGCUUGUUAAAUCUCGGAUGCUACAAAAUAUGUGAAACCGAAUCUGAAAUAGUGACUUAUAUGAUAAUAUAAAGAUCUUCAAUGAAUGUCAAAAGAAAUUUGUACGAUCAUAUAUUCGUAAUUCAUAUUGUUGAGCUAAAUUCAGUAAUAUGUGGUCAUAGCCGCGCUAACGAAUCCUAUUUGAUGGCUGCAACAGGAGGUUGUUUUACUUCUUUAGCUAAAAUAAUUGUCUUGUUUGGCGGGAUAGGCUGUGUAGUUUUUUUCACUUCCUUUGGCUCAAACUUAUUGUCUUGCUUGGCGGGACAGAGGGAGCAAGAAUAUGAGGAUUAGUUAUUGAAUUUGCUUUCGGUUUCGCUAGUGGAUUGAUAAACAUUUUGUGUAUCUACUAUUUCAGUUUUUUUUUUUUUUUUUUUCCCUUUUUGUUUU